AUGCAGGUCAAGCACACGCGCCGCCGUCCGUCUCGCUCAUCUUCUCGACACCGUCGUCCUCGUUGCUCUGUGCCUGCUGCGAUAGACUGCCUAUUCCACCACCCCGAUGCGAAGUCCUCCUUCAAAAUUGCGCAACGGAUUGCUCGUAGGUCGGGAUCGAGAGGUGAUGCCAAGACGACCCAUUUAGCUGCGUCACCCAAAUUGUCGUGCUCUGAGCUUGAGCCUGGAGGUGUCAGCGUAAAUGGCGUGUCCGCAAAUAAGCCUUCGGUGCGUCCAUUCUUCACAGCUUCCGCACAGGGUGCGACGACUGACAGCCAUAUGAAGCCUCUUUCGUUACCUGCCAUCGGGCGUACCAUAUAUAACAGCUUGCCAUCGUUGCCCACUGUAGGACGCACGAUAUACGACGUGACUAAACCUGCUGCUCUUGGGAUUCAAAACAACGAGAACUUGGGAGGACGUGCAGCUCUUGGGUCUGACGACGAAACUGACACGGACUUGCGAAAAUGGAUGACAAGCUGGGAGCGGCGACUGAUCGCUGAUAUGGAUCCUGAGGAACAGAAGCGCUCUGCCACUGUCCAACUGGCUCUCCAGGAGGCUUCCAGGAAAAUGAAGGCUCACUGGCAGGUCCGACACUCCUCGACUAGCGAACAACGCAACACGACGGAGACCGAGGACCCGGAGGAUCCGUCCUGCGAUUCCUCGAGCUGGUCGAUGGUCUCCUCGUGGUCGUGUACACGGUCCACUUCGUGGAGUACGGCUAGCUCGGACUGUAGCAAUCUGGAGUCGUCCUGUUCAGAGUCUAGCGAGCGUAGCAGCAGCCUCUGGGGAGACAUGUCCGACCGUCUUAGAGUGGAGUAUACCACUACGAAACUGUUCGACGACUUUAUUAAUGCGGAGGCUUACCAGGAAUGUUAA